AACCACAACCCUUCUUUCUGUUCCCACCGGUAGUCAUCCCACUCUCACCCCACAAUCGGCUAAGCAUUGUUCCUUAUCUCCGUGCUAUCCACUUGUUUUUACUUAAAACGCGUCACCUUUACAAAAACCCCACCCACCGCAUCUGGCACUUACACGUACCAUCACCCAACCUUCUAUCGCGUUGCUAUUUCGACACUAGCUUUUCAAGGUCCAACAUAACUGCAGGUCACGCUAAUAAAUUUUUUUAACAUGGCCCGCCUUUCGCUGGGCUCAACGCCAAAACGAGUGAUCGCCACCAAUCGCCGCACAGCAUCCAGCACAUCUGCGCGGAAGACAGUCCCUGGGGUAUCAUCCGGGCUUCAGCGGAACGCCCCGGGAGACCCCGUUCCCGAAACUCUGAAGAAGCGUCGCUAUAGGCCAGGUACCCUUGCGCUCCGUGAGAUUCGUCAGUACCAGAAGUCUACCGACUUGCUCAUUAGAAAACUACCGUUUGCGCGUUUAGUGAGGGAGAUCGCGACGGAGUACUUGGGUAAUGAGUACGGGUUGCGGUGGCAGAGUGUCGCCGUGCUCGCGUUGCAAGAGGCUUCGGAGGCUUUCUUGGUGAAUUUGUUUGAGGACACGAACUUGUGUGCUUUGCAUGCCAAAAGGGUGACGAUUAUGCAGAAGGAUAUCCAGCUAGCCAGGAGAAUUAGAGGGCAGUUCUAACAAUGUCGGUUUCACUAAGGCAAGGAGCACCAUAAUGGGUCCCCCUUCCAUUUAUUCUCUUCUCAUUUGUAUUCUCUAGGUUUUUGGUUCUUGUUUGUAUUAUUAUAAUCUGUUUCCGUGUUUCAAUAGAUUUCGCGUUCGGUA